GACACAGAGAGAGAGGGCGGGAGAGGAAUGCUGUGAUGUCACUCUAGCCCGGCGUACAAAGCCAUGAGGAGAGUAUAGCCAAGCCAACUCGGCUCACUCAACUCACUCAGAGCACAAGCCUGCCCGACUCUUAGCACGUGGACGUUGGACAUGGUCAGAGCAACCACCACAAGGCAAUAACCACCACGACAACGAGAACCAGACGAUAGAGGGAGAGAGUCUUUGUCUGCGAACUCAAGAGGAACUCACAAGAACUUCCUCAAAGUCUCAUCCAAUCACCACCUUUUAGAUCAGCUUCAAGAGCCAAUCAAAACGGACAUCUAACCGCCAAUCAGAAACCUUCAGGGCAGAACUUCACUUUGUCUGUCACCUCCAGGCUCAACACCAGCUGCAUCCAUCUCAGCUGAAGAAUAUCUCAGGAGAACACACCCCGUCGUUUAGUUUUCUCUCCUCUCUACCCCUGUCCAUCCCUCCUCCUCGGCCGGCUGCCGUCUGUGCUGUGAGCGUAGCGUCAGGAUGCUGCAGCAGAUUCUGAAGGACAUGUACGUGGACCCGGACGUCCUGGAGGCGCUGGGCGAUGAGCAGAAGAAGACCCUCUUCCUGAAGAUGCGUGAGGAGCAGGUGCGGCGCUGGACGGAGCGCGAGGAGAAGGAGGCCAAGGAGGACAGGAAGGAGAACAGAGCCAAGAAAGGAAACAGAAAGAGUGUGACGUGGCUUUUGGGCCGUGACGGAGACGUCCAUGUGCGUGUGAUCGGAGACACGGACACGGAGAGAUCACCCAAACACCUUCUCGCAGAGCUCAGGCAGAACGGAAGCAUCCGGAUGAAACACAACAGUGAACCACUCAAGAACAACCAAGUGGAUCAAAACGACAUACAGUUGGAUCUCAAGAAACCUGAGAAGCUGUGUGAAUCAGGCAGCACGGCGCCCGUCCCAGAGGACCCGAGGCAGGCGUCAGGUUCGCCAAGCCUUGCCAACUGCAUGCAGGACAGCAAGGACGACUCCGAUGACUCGGGCACCGUAGAGGACGACCUGAAGGACCCCUCAGAGGAGGAGGAGAAUUCGGGAAGCGCCUCGGACGACCUCAGCGACUCGGGCGUCUUUUUCAAAUCCCACUGCAGGGACCCUGGCCUGUCAAUCAUCACCCGCAAGCCCCACCCCCAGGACACUCAGCCAUCCGUGAAAGAAAGGCUGUCGGUCAAGGAGAAGCCUCUUCCUCAGGAGAGUCAGGGAGGAGACAAAGAUGUCUCUAAGGACACGCCCUCCUCCUCCCUCCAUGGCAACCGCGUGGCACAGCUGAGACGAAACUUUGGUGUCGCCGGUAGCAACAGCGUGCCCACAGGUGUCAAACCUCCAGUGCCCACCAAACCAGCUCACCUGCAGCGCCAGUCAGUCACGAUGUCACGAUGAGAUGACACAUACACACACACACACACACACACAUCUGUAAAUAAACACACCACAACACACAAGCAACACCAUGGAGGCAUGCUUACAUACAUGUACAUAAACACAACACAUAAAGGUCAAUAAAUGAACCAAACAUAUUUUCCCCAUUGCUCCAGAGACUUGGAGACACUAUGGAAUACACAGAAUAUACUUCAGCAAUCUCUGAAGGUGUCUUGCAUGUGUGUGUGUGUGUGUGUGCAUGUGUGCGUGUGUGCUAGUGUUGCUUACAUAAGCACUGUAAAUAUGUUCAUUUGUAUAGUAAUGCCACUUCCACACCUGCCCCCAUACAAACACACACAUUCAGUAUUCAUAUAGAGAGUAUACAAAGGAUACAGCAUGCCUGAUAUGCUCCAUUGUAUGAUUGACAUGGUCAGACUGUGUGUGAGGUGGUCAUUAGAUCUCCACUGGCACUAUUCAAGUGCAUUAUAAGGAAACAUAAUGUGUGUGCUUGCACUAUGGGGUGUCCUGAGGUCAAAUUUUGUACAUGUGUAUUGGCCAUAUGUUUAAAGCCAACAGAAAUAUGUCCCCUUUGGCGCCCUGUAGUAUGUCUUUUUCAAUGUCCCACCUGAAACAUGGUUGCAAACCCCUACUACAGCACUGACAUCUGUCUCUCUGUGUGUCAGACUCCUCCAAAGGGCACGGAGACCAAAGUUUGUACUGUAUAGUUUUAUACUGUGUCAUGUUGGGUUUGUAUAGUUUUAUACUGUGUCAUGUUGGGUUCUUGAGAUCAAUAAAAACCUUGUACUGGUCA